AGGUUUUGCAGGCUAAGCGAUAAACAUCGUUGGAAGAUGUUGUGACAGAGUUUUAACGUGAUGUGAUUAAAAGUUUUGUAAACGUGCUUUUUCGCUUUUUCUGUGUAAAUCGUUCCUUCGAGUUUAAGUUCGUCAAUCAGUCCAUUUUGUUACAAUGCCGAAUACUGUCCUACCGUCGAACUCGACCAUUCUUCUGCGGGGCCAUGCUGUCCCGUCGAAGUAUGAAUUUGAAAUCAUGGACCGCGCCGAGGAUAAGCCGAAAUCAGUCCGCAAACGUCAGCGUCUGGAUCACAUGUCUCCUGAAGAGAAGCUACAGCGUCGGAAAAUGAAGAAUCGCGUUGCUGCUCAAACAGCAAGAGAUCGAAAAAAAGCUCGUGUCGACGAUCUUGAGUCUACAUUACUCGACUAUAGAAAUGAGUUAAUCAAGUUGAAAACCGAAAAUGAACUUCUGUGGAAACUCAACUCUACCCUCAAAACUGAACUAGAGGAAUUGAAGAAAGACAUCUCGACAGACACGUCCUCCACGAGUACAAUGCCUAUGUCCGUUUCGAGUGAAGAGCCUGUUGAUCCUGCUGCGAUCAUUAAUGCGCCCCUGCUGAGGGAACAGGGCUCUCACUUGAAAACUUCGACAUGGCUUGUUCGCCAUUGGAUGACGUUAUUGUUUCUGAUCCCCUUGAUGUCGUCGAAGAAUCCUCUCCACACUGCUCGUCCGACGAUUUCCAGCGAGUGUGGAAAGAAACGUUGGCCAACUUCGCACCGUUUUGCGGAUCAGAGGACUUCGACGACGAAUCCUCGCUAUCAUCUGAAGUCGAUCAGCAAACGACGAGCGGAAAGUCGAUGGACAGCACUCCUAUCAUCUCAGUUUCGGAAAUGGAACAGGCUGUCAAGGAAUGCUGCACGGCGAACGAUCACGUCUAUGCGUUAAACAAUAAAUCCCCGCGAAGUCUGCAAAUGAAGAUGGGCGCAAAAUCGGCCUCGACAGCCCCAGUGAUCCGAAUUGAAAUACCAAAAGGCUGCACAAGCAUAAACCUCAAGGUCCCUGAAAUUUGGGAACAGUUAAUCCUCUCCAAGCUUAAAGCUGACUCCUUAACGGAUUCCCCGGAAGAAGACGAUUCUAGCAGAAUUCAGGAAUCAUCUUUCUCCAGUGUCAGCGACAAUUUUCUGGGGAUCAAGACCGAGCCGUGUACAUACAUGGUAGAACCCCUUUCGCCUCAAGAAUCUGAUUUCUCACCAAACUCAGAUAUUUCCGACUUAACUUCGGUUGGUUGUGAAAAUUCGCUAAAAAUGGCGUGGUACAUGAAUUAUGCGAAGCCGACGAUGAGUGUGUUGAUUGUGUGGGGCUCUCCUUUGGAUUCCGAUGAACUUCAGCGAGUUGUUGACGAGAUAAAGGAUGGGGUUGGUUCGGAAGGACAAGUUCGUCUCGAGAACUUCGAGUUCUUGGAGAAAACACUCCAUCCCAGUGGAACCUUCGAUGUAAUACUCUCGGGAAUGUUCCACCCGUUCAAAGUGGAACACAACUUCGAUGCAUUCAAUGUUUAUCUGAGGUUACUAAAACCUGGAGGAUGUCUGGUUGUGUGCGAGAAAGGUGGCAAAGAUUCCCUUACUUCACGAGCUAAAAUCGGUGGUUUUAGUGUCCUAAGAAAUGACGCAUCCGGUCCAGAGGGAGCUGCUUUUGUAAAUUGUAACAAGCCCAACUUCGACAUCGGCUCAACUAUGCCGUUGAGUUUUGCCAAGAAUUCUAAGCCAGCGGUUUGGUCUCUUGAUGCUGACGAUUUACAAGACGAUGACUUGAUCGACCCGAAUACUCUACUGACUGAAGAAGAUAAGAAGAAACCUGAACCGUCUGCAUUGAAGGUUUGUGGAACAACUGGGAAGCGAAAAGCGUGCAAGGAUUGUUCAUGCGGCUUGGCAGAAGAGUUGAGUGGCGAGAAGAAAGUUGACGAGAACGCCCCAAAAUCUUCUUGCGGAAGUUGUUAUCUGGGCGAUGCGUUUCGUUGCUCCACCUGUCCGUAUCUCGGAAUGCCCCCGUUUAAACCUGGAGAGAAAAUGCUUCGAUCAAUGCAACGAUUCCUUGUUCUGGAAAGAAUGCGCAUUUGCUGUGCUCUAUCUCAUACAGACACAAUUUGUGCUUUGUCUUCAGGCGCUGUUAAAUCCGCCGUCAGUGUUGUUCGUGUCUCCGGUUCAGCAACUGCGAAAAUUUUGGAGGCAUUUAAAUUGCGUAUCCCGGAACCCAGAAAAGCUGUUCUUCGACAGUUGAUCCAUCCCGAAGAUCAAUCGUUCAUUGACAAAGCACUGGUCCUGUGGUUCCCGAAACCGCACAGUUAUACGGGUGAAGAUAUGUGUGAAUUCCAUGUUCAUGGGGGUCGAGCCGUUGUUGAAGGGCUGCUUCAAGCUAUUGUUUCCGUGAACAGUUGUCGAAUCGCUGCUCCCGGCGAAUUCACGCAAAGAGCAUUCGCCAACAAGAAACUGGAUCUCAUUCAAGCAGAGGGUAUAGCAGACUUGAUUGAAGCGGAAACAAAGGCCCAACGCAGGCAAGCGGUGUGUGCGUUGCUGGGAUCCUCGUCCAAAUUUUACUCGUCAAUGAACGAUGCUGUUAUACACAUGCGAGCGCAAUUGGAAGCUUUCGUUGACUUUUCGGAAGAGCAUGCUUUGGACGAUCAGCAUUUUUGGAUUUCUCUUGACGAGAAUGUUUUGGAGCUAGAAAAAUCCAUACGUUCAGUUCUGAAGUCCGCCAAAAAGAGUAAACGUAUAAAGGAGGGCGUAAAAGUAGCAGUCAUAGGGCCCCCGAAUGCGGGGAAAUCAAGUUUUGUUAAUUUACUCGCUCGCGAGGACGUUUCUAUAGUUUCGCCCCAGCCCGGAACAACGAGAGAUGUCGUUGAGCGAACUAUUGAAAUCGGUUCGUAUCCUAUCGUAGUCCAGGACACUGCUGGUCUCAGACUUGCGGAAGACGUUGGAGAUAUUGAGUAUGAAGGAAUGAAGCGGGCUCUAAGAAUCUUACAAGCUUGCGAUCUUUUGGUUUUUGUCGUUGACGUCACAAUGCUGAAUUCUGGUGCAGCUCAAACCGUUGAUGAUCUCCGAGAACUCUUGGCGACUCAGUUGAAAGAAUUAGUCGGUGCUUCGGUUGAUCCGAGCGAAAAGAAGUGCUUAUUCAUAUUGAAUAAAUCUGAUUUACUUAUCGAAUCAGAUCGUACAAUGCUCAAGAAUUUGAGCGAUGGUGUUGUUACUCUCGGGUCUUGCUUAUCAGCGGAUGUUUUCCAGUCAACUUACGAUGCGCUUUUGCGCGCUGUUUCCGAGCUGUGUGAAUCUUCAAGUGUGAGUCAACCGCUGCAAGCAGCUGUCACGAGGGAGCGUCACAGGAAACAUCUGGAAGCUUGUGCGGACGUUUUGCAUGAUUUGCAGAUUUAUCUUGCAGAAUGUACCGAACCCGACGCGGCUUAUGCUGGUAGAUUUCUGAGAACUGCCUCCAAUGAUCUUGGCGCCAUAACGGGAGGAUUCACGACGGAGGAAAUUCUCGAGAAAAUUUUCAAGGACUUUUGUGUUGGGAAGUGA